AUGGAGGGUGAGAGGCCUGCCAAGAAGAGACGGCGAACUCCAUAUUCGUGUUUGAGUUGUCGUCGAAGGAAGGUCAAGUGCAAUAGAGUUCGGCCGAUAUGUAAUCGGUGCACAAUUUCCAAUCUGAAAUGCGAGUACGAUGGCCCUGAGGCCUGGGCUCCUUCAGGGGUUUCCGAAUCUCCUGCUGCGCCAUCUAAUGGUGUUCCCGUUAGUGUUUUAAACUUCAAAUCCGAUGUUACGGAGAAUCCUGUCAUCAAUCAAUUGCCUCGAGCCCCACAAACCAGCGUUUCGGAGCAGGCCUCACUGAUCUACGAAAUAGGCGAUUUGCGAAUGAAACUUGCGUCCAUGGAGGCCAGGCUAUUUACGAUUAUGCCUGAGUCGCAAGAGACGGUGAGCUUCAUUCAGGCUGAACCAAACCCUAAUACAGCCCUGCACAUGGCUAAGAAAAAUCGGUUUAUAUGCGGAGGCUCUUUUCAGCGGAAUAAAAUCUGGCGGGGUGACCCGUUUGCCUGCCAGCUAUUCGACGAUAUGCGUCGCUACAAGGAAGUCAUCAAGGCUGAGAUGCUGGCGAUGUCCAAGACUGAGAGUCCGAACGAUUUACAGCGGCAGGUGAGGAUGCGCAAGAAAGGCCAGAAAAGGUUUAUUCUGGAGGAAGGCGAGCAGUUGUCACUCAAAUCGCAGAUGGAGGCUGCGUUGCCGGCCAAGGAGACCAUUCUACGCCAUGUUAAUUAUUACUUGCGGACGAUUCAUCCUUUAUUCCCCGUGCUCUUGGAAGAAGAGUUUGUGGCCAGCGUCAAUCGCAUUGUGCAAGAAGAAAAAGGGCGCUGUGCGUUGCAUUUGGCCCAAAAAUCUGACUAUCUUGUUACGGCAGCGUUGCUUUUGGUGAUGCGCUUUUCCUACCAGUCCUUAUUUCUGAAACACCAGGUCGGUGCCCCGUUGAACGGGGAUGAGCUGGUUCUCAUCCAGCAGCCUAUAAAUGCAGACGUCAUCAAUAUGGUCAACUAUGCGCUGUUUGAGUCCAAUUUUUUGCGCAAAACCAGCAUCGAGUCGUUGCAGGCACUCAUGCUACUUCGAUUCUACCAGAUCACAUGCCAAGAGGACGGGGACGGAGGUGAUGGCACUGACGGCUACAAUAUAAAUGGUCUCAUUUGUCAGAUUGCUCUAGGAAUGGGCAUCAACAGACCGCUCAGAUGUCCUGUGUGGGAUAAGAAGGCCUCUAAAUUUUACCACCCACAGAAUCAACGGUUGCAACUACUCUGGCAAAGACUUUGGUGGACAUUAUUGGAAAUGGACAUGGAACAUUCAGUUUUGUACGGCAAGAUGCCGAUUCUACUACUCGAAAACAGCGAUCAUGGACCGGCCACAGUAAGUGACUCGGAUAUCAUCACCGAUCGCAUAGGCAAAAUGAAGAUCCUAUUUCCGUUUUUACAAAAAUUGCUUGUGCAGAUCCAUCAAGUACGCGAAAAGCCACGUGUGGUCGACCUCAUGUCAGCGGUCAGUUUCCUGGACUCGCAACGAGGGCUUUUUCAAUAUAACGGCUAUUUUCAGGAUCCUUACAUGCCACUUCUUUCAACUAUUUCGAACGUGAAGUGCGAGAUCCAUCUCAACAUGCUUGUUUUCAUGAUUAAUUGCUACCUAAUGCUUCAUUUUGAGCGCAACAGAAAAAUCGCCAAUUAUGCUGUCACUUUACAGGCUACUGUUACAAUCUUUUUGCGAAAUCUGGAUCUCACAUUCAGAUCAUUCAAUCGAUUGAAAACCGAUUUCGCCUCUCACAUAAUGUAUGUUAUUCACCCGAUGGCUACCUGCGUCUACAAAAGUAUACAAUUUUUGGUUUACCUUGGAGUCCGGUUACUCUCAAUGCAAACGAAAAACAACGAGACGCAACCGCUUGUCACAGAGCUGCUGCAGACAGUGGUGGCAAUCAUGCGUAACUGUGUGAAGCUGCUUGCCAUUAUGGGGGAUCAGGAUUACCUUUGUUACCGGCUGUAUGAAACGUAUAGCUAUUUGAUGCUAAUCUUGGAGAAUAAAGGAGAGCCAGUGUUCAAUCUCAAAAACCCGGCUCUGGAAACUGCUCCAAACCUGCUUGCCUCUAUUACCAUGCAACAACUCAAAGAUAUCAACAGCCAGCUCUCAGAAUUCACGAAAUCGCCGCAUUUUGUAGCUGUCACAGAAUAUGCGCUGUUCUGGCCCGCCAACGAGACGGAGGACUCUCUCUUCCAAAAAUUUCAAAGGUCGAUCGACGCGACUAUGCCGUCCUCCGAGCUCGAUAUCUGGAAUGACUGGAUUGUGAAAACAAAUAUCUUUGAGGACUACGAGGGACUGUUCGACGACUUGCAGCUGCCUGUCGACCUUAAUUACAUGUAA